GGUGUGGGGACCAAGAAGGGGCAGGACCUCGGCUCCUGGAGCUAAGGAGGGGUGGGGGCGUUCGCAGCCGCUGGGUCAAGCAAUGACUCUGCCACUGGCCCUGGCCGGGCAAGGUGGCAGCUGUAGGCUGGGGCUGCAGACUCUUUUCCCCUCUCCCCAUCGCGGACCCUCCCUCCUCUGUCACCUGCCCCCGAAGGUCUGCUCCCCACAACCAUCUAGGCCCCAAGGGGAAGAGACAGCUGUCUGGGGGAGGAUGCGGCCGCCGGCGAAGGAGGCCGGGCGCCAGGGCCCGCAGGAGCGAGGCGGGAAGAGCGCACCCGGCGCGGGGCGGGGUGAGGGAGGCGCCAAGGCGGCGCCCUCGACGGAGCCCUCGAUGGAGCCCCCGAAGCCGGGCUGGGCCCUGACGCCGCAGGGACUGGCGGCCUUGCUCCCCGCGCAACGCCGCCGCCUCCUGCUCUUCGGCGACCUGCUGGAGGAUGUGGGCGCGGCCGCCUCCACCUUUCCGCGCGGGUCGGCGGAGCCGGGACACCGCAUGCCAGACCCGCACAUGUGGACGCAGCCGCUCGAGCUGCCCUCGGAGCGCCAGAACCUGCUCCUGGGCGUCCUAAAGGCGGCAGAGGCUCGCGGGCGAGUCCGCGACCUGCGGCGGCGCUACACCCGCAUGCGGGCCGAGGAAAUCGCGCUGCUCAUUCAGCAGCAGAAGUCCGCGCGCGCCUCCAUCCGGCUCGAACUGUUCCUGCCACCACAGCUGAGGCCCACGCGGAUCCCGGAUCCCCUGGACCGCCAAGAGCGGAGGCGUGUGGAGGCCAUCCUGGAGGAGAACGCGGACAGCAGUAUCUUCCCGCGGUGACGGCGACCCAGAGCGUGCGACCUGCCCCAACCUUCCACAUAAAGUUAUCAUUCUCCGAA